UUUGAGGCAUCAUAGCCAUGUUUCCGUCAUGAAGGUUGUUCAACAAGUGGCCAGUGCCAUGAAACUGAAUCCACAGCAAGCCCCAUUAUACGGUGAGUGUCUAUUGACUGUCCAGCUCUGUGAGGAAGAGUGUGUCGAGGAUGAGGACGAUGUAGAAUUUUACCUGCUAUUCGCCGGCUCCACCCAGAGGCACGUUUCCAGCACUUUGAAAGUCAGCCAUGUCACGUUGCAAGCCGUGUGCCCAGCUCAUGAUUGCAGUGAAACUGUGCGGGUCACACUGUGCCAGGCCCGGCCCGGGGGCUCAGUGGACCCUGUGGCUGAGGAACGCUUCCAGUUCGUGCAGGACCUUGCCCUGGACAUGGCUCAGUUCCUGGUGAAUGCGGCUGGGAAGACAGAGGGAGCGUUACUUCUGGACGAGUGUCAGAUCCCCCUGAAGGAGUGUGAGAGGUUGGAUGAUACUCUGGCUCUUGCUCUUAGACAUCUGCCUCUACCGGCAGGCUGGAGCGUCCUGGGCACAAACUUGGACACGGACACUUGCACAGGCUUGGGAAUUGAACCUGGACCACAAGACACACUUUUGCACUUUGCUGCAAAGCGUGGACUACGCAAGGUAGCACUAUUUCUCCUCCAGCAACCUGGGGGAAAGGAGGCCCUCCGACUUCCCAACAAACAGGGUCGUACACCGGCCAGGGUCGCCCAGAAGCGAGGCCAUACGCAGCUCCAGAAACUGCUGACGGAGUAAGUAUGCAAGAAAAUUAUAUACUUAACCAGAAUUAUUGGUUCAUUUUAAGCAACCCUCUUGAUUCCAUGGCCCACCAUUGUUGAAAACAAUAAUAUAUUUCUGAUACUUCUGCGAUAAUGACAAUGUGGGU